CGCAGGCUCGGCCGGUAAAACAGUACAGGAUCGUCUCGAAUUACCUCGUCUCCCAGCCUGGCCGCUCUUCCCGUCCGCUCCGGAAAAUCUUCUUUGACAAUGUCAUCGACGUUCGGGAUGUGCGAGACGCCCGGCUGCAACGCCGUCGCGAGCCUGCAGUGUCCGACUUGCCUGAAGAUCGGCAUUCAGGGCUCGUACUUCUGCAGUCAAGAUUGCUUCAAGGGAAGCUGGAAGACGCACAAAGUCAUUCAUCAGUUAGCAAAAGGGGAAAAUGGCAGUAAAGUCUCAAACACAUUCAAUCCCUGGCCGAAUUACAAUUAUACUGGGAAAUUGCGGCCACAUAAGAAAGAGCAACGCAGGGAGGUUCCCGAGAAUAUUAAUCGGCCAGACUAUGCUUUGCAUUCAGCUGGGGUGCCACUUAGUGAACAAGCUGUGAGAGGUUCAGGACAGAUAAAGGUUCUCAAUGAUGAAGAGAUCGAAGGCAUGAGAGUGGCUUGCAAGCUUGGCCGAGAAGUACUAGAUGAAGCCGCAAAGACAUGCGAUAUCGGUGUUACAACGGCUGAAAUUGACAGAAUAGUGCACGAGGCUUGCAUCGAGAGGGACUGUUAUCCAUCACCACUAAAUUAUUAUCAGUUCCCUGCCAGCUGUUGCACCUCUGUCAACGAAGUGAUUUGUCACGGCAUACCCGAUACUCGACCACUGCAAGACGGCGACAUCUGUAACGUCGACGUCACGGUGUACCACAACGGCUUCCACGGGGAUCUGAACGAGACUUUCUUAGUGGGUAACGUUAAGCCGGAGGUGAAGAAGUUGGUGGAAGUGACGUAUGAAUGUCUGUCCAAGGCCAUCGGCAUUGUGAAACCCGGUGGAAAGUACAGGGAGAUCGGCAAUGUCAUACAGAAGCACGCACAGGCGCACGGAUUCAGCGUGGUGCGUAGUUACUGUGGCCAUGGGAUUCAUCGUUUAUUCCACACCGCGCCGAAUGUGCCGCACUAUGCCAAAAACAAAGCAGUGGGCGUUAUGAAACCCGGGCACUGCUUCACGAUCGAGCCAAUGAUAUCCCAGGGAACAUGGAAGGACGAAACGUGGCCCGACAAUUGGACUGCUGUUACUUCGGACGGUCAGUGGUCCGCGCAAUUUGAGCAUACGCUUUUAGUAACAGAGACAGGUUGUGACAUUCUAACGAAGCGCCGCACAAACGACGGAAGGCCGUGGUUCAUGGAUCGUUUGUAGUAGCGUUUCCUCUCUUGAUCCUCCCCCGCGGCGUAUAAUCUACGCAGAGAUUCGCGCAAAUCUCGCUAGGAAUUCGACGUAAGUUGCUCUAUACAGUGUAGAAUCUGAAUGUGUGUGAUUAAACGUCAGAACCAAGUCGCAGACGCCGUAGAACCGAA